UUAUAAGCAGACCAUCACUCAAAACCCAAAUCCAUCACUCGCAUUACUACUCCCCCUCCAGCUAGCUCUUGCUGCUCAGUGCUCAGUGCUCACUGUGACAGCACAAUGCCACCCUUACAUGCCGGGAGACCGGGGCCUCUGCUCGUGCUCCUCGCCGUCACACUCGCCGCCGCCGCCGCCACCGCCGUGGGUGCGUCGUCCGACACGGCCCCCUUCUACCCGUCCGCGGAGGAGGCCGCCGCCGCGCACUGCGAGGGCACGCUCUACCCGGAGCUCUGCCUGUCCACGCUCGCCGACAUCCCGGACCUCCACACCAAGUCCCUCCCGGACGUCAUCUGCGGCACCGUCAACCGCACCAAGGACGCCGUCGCCGCCACCUCCUACAACUGCUCGCACUACAUCAACAGCAAGUACCUCACGCCGCGCGACCGCCUCGCCAUCUCCGACUGCAUGGAGCUCCUCGACACCACCAUGGACGAGCUCCAGGCCACCACCAGCGACCUCGAGUCGCCGGCCGUCGCCGGCGGCAACAAUGGCUCGGCCUCGAUGGCCGCCAAGCGCGUCACCAUGGACCACGUCAUGACGGAGCUCUCCGCCGCCAUGACCAACCAGUACACCUGCCUCGACGGCUUCGACUACAAGGACGGGGAGAGGGUGCGUCAUUACAUGGAGUCCAGCAUCCACCACGUCUCCCGCAUGGUCAGCAACUCGCUCGCCAUGGCCAAGAAGCUGCCCGGCGCCGGCGGCGGUGGGAUGACCCCGUCAUCGUCGUCGCCCGACACGGCGACGCAAUCGGAGUCGUCAGAGACCACGCAGCGGCAGCCAUUCAUGGGGUACGGGCAGAUGGCGAAUGGGUUCCCGAAGUGGGUGAGGCCGGGAGACCGGCGGCUACUCCAAGCGCCGGCGUCGAGCAUCACGCCCGACGCGGUGGUGGCGAAGGACGGGAGCGGCGGGUACACGACGGUGUCGGCGGCGGUGGCGGCGGCGCCGGCGAACUCGAACAAGAGGUACGUGAUACACAUCAAGGCCGGGGCGUACAUGGAGAACGUGGAGGUGGGGAAGAGCAAGAAGAACCUGAUGUUCAUCGGCGACGGCAUCGGCAAGACCGUCAUCAAGGCCAGCCGCAACGUCGUCGACGGCUCCACCACCUUCCGCUCCGCCACAGUCGCUGUGGUGGGCAACAACUUCCUGGCCCGCGACCUGACGAUCGAGAACUCGGCCGGCCCGUCGAAGCACCAGGCGGUGGCGCUGCGCGUGGGCGCCGACCUGUCGGCGUUCUACCGGUGCAGCUUCGUCGGCUACCAGGACACCCUCUACGUCCACUCCCUCCGCCAGUUCUUCCGCGAGUGCGACAUCUACGGCACCAUCGACUUCAUCUUCGGCAACUCCGCCGUCGUCUUCCAGAGCUGCAACCUCUACGCGCGCCGCCCGCUCCCCAACCAGAGCAACGUCUACACCGCGCAGGGGCGGGAGGACCCCAACCAGAACACCGGCAUCUCCAUCCAGAAGUGCAAGGUGGCCGCCGCCUCCGACCUCCUCGCCGUCCAGUCCAGCUUCAAGACCUACCUCGGCCGCCCCUGGAAGCAGUACUCCCGCACGGUGUUCAUGCAGUCGGAGCUCGACAGCGUCGUCAACCCCGCCGGGUGGCUCGAGUGGAGCGGCAACUUCGCGCUCGACACGCUCUACUACGGCGAGUACCAGAACACCGGCCCCGGGGCCUCCACGUCCAACCGGGUCAAGUGGAAGGGCUACCGCGUCAUCACCAGCGCGUCGGAGGCGAGCACCUUCACCGUCGGCAACUUCAUCGACGGCGACGUAUGGCUCGCCGGCACGUCCGUCCCCUUCACCGUCGGGCUGUGACACUGUGAUAGAGCGCGCUGGGUUCAGGGCGUCACGGCAAUAAGCGUGCUGUGCUGACAAGUGAAGAAAGAGGGGGCACCAGUUCGAAUCGAAUACCAUGUUGCUGUUGAUUCUUUUGUUUUUGGGCCGAAAUGUGUAACAUGUACCUAUACGUGAUUCAGAAAUUACCAUUCGAUACGGGUCCGUAUUUACGUUCUCCAUACAUAUGAAGUGGAGUGUUAAAAUCAGGUGUAUUUUUCUCUCUCUGUUUCUGGCAAUGGGGUUUCGUGAUAA